AUGUGUAAACCUGGCAACAUGUGUAAACCUGGCAACAUGUGCAAGCUGGCAACAUGUGUGUGUGGCAACAUGUGUAAAGCUGGCAACAUGUGUAAACCUGGCAACAUGUGUAAACCUGGCAACAUAUGUAAACCUGGCAACAUGUGUAAACCUGGCAACAUGUGUAAACCUGGCAACAUGUGUAAACCUAGCAACAUGUGUAAACCUGGCAACAUGUGUAAACCUGGCAACAUGUGUAAACCUAGCAACAUGUGUAAACCUAGCAACAUGUGUAAACCUGGCAACAUGUGUAAGCCCUCAAGUACUCAAUCACUGUCUGACAUUUAA